GCACCGCCACCACAUCAUCGUGUAAAACAAAGAUAGAUGAUUCAAAAGACUCCAGAAUACACUUCUGACAGCAGUGUUUAGUGUAGUUUAUACAAAUAUAUUUGUCCUAAUGGCAACCACGCUGGAUUUCAGGACCCAUGUGGACCAGUCAUGCAGAUAUUCAGAAGAGUUUGUCAACAUUUAUUAUGACUGCAUGGAUAAGAAAAGGAGGAACCUGACCCGGCUCUACCUGGACAAGGCAACCUUGGUGUGGAAUGGAAAUGCUGUGUCUGGACAGGAUGCACUGGGAGAGUUUUUUGAGUCCCUGCCAUCCAGCGAGUUCCAAGUUCAUACACUAGAUUGUCAACCAGUUCACGAACAAGCAACCCAAGGUCAGACCACACUGCUGGUGGUGACUGGUGGGAUUGUCAAAUUUGAAGGGAACAAACAGCGCUUCUUCAACCAGAACUUCCUUUUAACAGCUCAGGCUUCAACCAACAACGACCAGCCUGUUUGGAAGAUUGCUAGUGACUGUUUCCGUUUUCAAGACUGGAAUAACUGAGACUCAUUCUUCAUUUCCCUUAAGAUGCCAAUUUUUUGUCUAUUUGUAUAUUUUUGUAAUAAAGUCAACACGUCGUACAACACAGAAUAAGAUGUUUAUUCUCAAGAAAUGUUGAACAAGGCCUGUGAUCAUGGAGUAAUAAAUACAAAUGGGAUCACGGAACAACCGACUGUAAAGUGACUGUCAGUGUCUGCAUCCUUAAAGGUUUAUGGAUGCAAAUCUACUAACACGACACUUUGAAAAAUACAUUAAAAAAACACUCCUAAUAUUAAAAUGAACAGAAUUAACUUCAAUAUCCUUUAUUACCAAAUUGUGCAUCAAACUGUUAACUGAGGUAAAAUAUGCACGGUAUUACAGUAUGCCAGUUCUGACUGUAGCUACUGCGUAAAAAGCAUUUUUAACAGUUAGUAAGUGGUUCAGCGUGCUUCCUCUUGAAUAAAUAAGGCGCCCACAAGAAUUCUGGCUAAAGAGCUUUCUGUAUGAGCGACCUACUAUUGGACAAUUUCAUAUAUUAAAACAUUUGUUUAUCUUCCUGAGUCAUUAAUGUUUACACAUUUUGGUCUUGCUUUCGGAAUAAACUGACACCAAAAAAAAAGAAAA